GUAUGCAUAAAAGGCUGUUUCAACAUGAAUGAUCUUCCUGCACAAAAUAACUCAUUCAUCCACUUCAAGUUAAACGGUUUCUACAACCUAGGAGAACUGAGGCCUUUUUUAUUUAUACCUUUCUCUCUGAUGUUUUUAUUGUCUAUCACAGCAAAUUCAACCCUAAUAUAUUUAAUUAAAUCUCAGAAUUCUCUGCAUUCCCCGAUGUAUGUACUAAUAGGUGUUAUGGCAGUUGUAGACUUGAUCUUGCCAAUAAUUUUUGUACCUAACAUGCUUCUUAGUUUUUUAUUCAACUGGAGUGGAAUAUCUCUAACAGGUUGUUUGAUACAAAUGUUUGGCAUUCAUUUUGUUGGAACAUUUCAAAAUACCUUGCUUUUGUGGAUGGCACUGGAUCGUUACUUUGCCAUAUGCAAACCUCUUUACUAUCAGAAAUACAUGGAAAUCCCUAACUUUCUAAAAUUUGUUGUUGUGCCAGUAAUCAGAAAUGGACUCCUGAUUGUCACCAUGGUCUCUCUGGCUGGAAAACUGACAUUUUGUGCAACAAAUGUUAUUGAUCACUGUUUUUGUGAGCACAUGGCACUGGUUCAGUUAGCAUGUGGAGAUAUAACUAUUAAUAAUAUUGUAGGACUUGUGUCUGCUUUCCUUAUACCAACUACUGAUUUUAUUCUCAUUUCUCUUUCCUAUGUUGUGAUUUUUACAUCUGUGUUGAAGUCUGGAAAAACUCACAUGAAGGCCUUAAACACCUGCAUUACUCACUUAAUUGUUUUGUCAUUUAGUUUGACGUCUGCACUGACUGCUUUUUUGUCAUACAGAAUUAAGAAUAACAUUUCUUCGAGUAUCCGUGUAUUUAUAAGCAUUGUAUACUUAUUUUUUACGUGUUGUUUUCACCCAAUAAUUUAUGGAUGGAGAACAAAAGAAAUAAGACAAACAUUUCUUAUGUUUGUUUUAGUGUGGAUGAAGCAGCUCUACACUGUUCCCAUUGAGAGGAACAGUGAGAGAGUCAAGGAGCUACGACGACAAUAUGUCCAGGUAUAG